GUCAGCCACCACAUCAUCAGCUGCGGGCAGCUUAAUCUUACUGAAACACGCGAUGCACGACGAGAAAUCCAACAACCCAUACGCCUCGCAGAAUCAAGGCCAGUGGUCUCAGCCUCCUCCCUCUGGAGGCUACGCCGCCCCGCCUGGGCCUCCUCCCCCGGGGUACCAGCAGUCACCUCCACCCCAAUCGUACGGCGGGUAUCAGCAGUCUCCUCCACCCCAGCAAUAUGGCGGCUACCAGCAGUCUCCCCCACCCCACGCCUACGGGCCACCACCCAUCGAGCGAGGUCCUAGCAUGUCGGGCUCUCCGGGGCCAUCCGGCGGCCAGCAGGAGCAGAAGCCCGGUGGCUUCAAGGGCUUCCUCGCCAAUGCCACCGGCAACGGCCCUCCCCCGGCCGGCUGGAUGCGUCCCCCGCGCCAGGACCUGUCGUAUGCGCCGUUCCAGCCGAUCGCGCUGCUCUCCAAGGGGAAGGACGUGAGCAAGGGAUUCCCCGAGAUUCCGCCGCCGUGCACGUACAACCCGCACCCGUUCGCGACGCACGAUGUUACCGAGGAGGAUUGGAAGAAGUUCAUUGCAGAUGUGAAGAAGGGUGGUGAAUUGACAGUUGCCCAGCGCAUUCGAUCCAACGUGAUUCCGAUGGCUACGGGCGCGAGCUUCUUUGGUGGCUUCCUGAUGACGGCUAUGAUCGAGAGGAAGAUGAAGGCAAAGAACCGGACAGUCGCCGGCGAGGUUAUAGACCACUGGAACGCCAACUUCUUCGCCCCUCGUCGCAUCGAGGUCGUCCUCUGCCAAGCACAUGAGCGCCUCAGCGGGCGCAUCGGCGCCGCCCCGAACGUAGGCUUCGACAGCGCCGCACGCCGCGCCGAAGAAGACAGCUCGUCCGACAGCGACUCUUCCAGCGACCGCCACGGCAGCCACCACGGCUCGCAGCAUUCGGCGCCCAUGAUGAGCGGGCGGCAGGAGCGCAGGGCCGCGCGCCGCGAGCGCAAGGCCGACCGGCGCGGACGCAAGGCCGAGAGGAGAGAGCGCAAGCGCCGUGGCGACUUUGACCAGCCGUACAGGUUGAUUGUGCAGCCUGCGGACGACCAGACGAUGGUCAAUGCGCUGCCGUACCCGCCGUCCCAGCAGGGGCAGGGGUACGGGCCCCCGCCGCAACAGCAGGGGCAGGGAUAUGGGCCUCCGCCGCCUCAACAGGGCGGGUAUCCUCAGCAGGGGUAUGGCCAGCAGGGGUACCCGCCGCCCCAGCAGGGCUAUCCUCAGCAGGGAUAUCCGCCCCCACAGGGUUACCCACCUCAGCAGGGGCACCAGGGAUACCCGCCCCAGGGAAGCUACCCGCCUCCGGGGUACUGAGUAGCAGACUGCAUCGUUAGAAUAUAAUACUGUUGCGAGUUAUGUGUACAUGUAGAGGGCUUCUUGGAGAAUACCAAAACAGCAAACAAUACCUUCAUUCUUCA